GUUUCUGUGGAGCUGUGGCGGUGCCGGCUUCGAGCAUCCCUGCCCUGGCAGGCUGGGGGACUCCGAGGCUGCAGCUCCGGCGGUCAGCUCCGGAGAGGACAUGUCCAAUGACGAUGAUGCUGCCCCCACAGCUGCAGAGGCAGCAGGUGACAUCCACCUGCUGGGCUUCUCGGACGAGAUCCUCCUGCAUAUCCUGAGCCAUGUCCCCAGCACAGACCUGGUUCUCAAUGUGCGGCGCACCUGCCGGAAGCUCUCGGUGCUGUGCCUGGACAAGAGCCUGGUGCACACUGUGCUGCUACAGAAGGACUACCAGGCCAGUGAGGACAAGGUGAAGCAGCUGGUGAAGGAGAUUGGCCGGGAGAUCCAGCAGUUGAACAUGGCAGGCUGCUAUUGGUUGUCCGGCUCCACCAUCGAGCAUGUGGCCCGCUGUCACAGUCUGGUAAAGGUGAACCUGUCAGGCUGCCACCUCACCUCCCUGCGGCUGUCCAAGGUGCUUUCGGCCCUGCAGCACCUGCGCUCGCUGGCCAUUGAUGUGAGUCCCGGCUUCGAUGCCAGCCACCUGAGCAGUGAGUGCAAGGCCACCCUGAGCCGCGUCAGGGAGCUCAAGCAGACACUUUUCACACCGUCAUAUGGUGUGGUGCCCUGCUGUGCCAGCCUGCAGAAGCUGCUGCUGUACUUUGAGAUCCUGGACCGCACACGCGAGGGUGCCGUCCUCUCAGGCCAGCUCAUGGUGGGCCAGAGCAAUGUCCCCCACUACCAGAACCUGCGUGUCUUCUAUGCCCGCCUGGCCCCUGGCUACAUCAACCAGGAGGUGGUGCGGCUCUACCUCGCCGUGCUUAGUGACCGCACGCCUGAGAACCUGCAUGCCUUUCUCAUCUCUGUCCCUGGCAGUUUCGCGGAGAGUGGGGCCACCAAGAACCUGCUGGACUCCAUGGCUCGCAACGUGGCCUUGGAUGCCCUGCAGCUGCCGAAGUCGUGGCUGAACGGUUCCACCCUCCUCCAGCAUAUGAAAUUCAACAAUCCCUUCUACUUCAGCUUUAGCCGGUGUACGCUGUCAGGUGGUCACCUGAUCCAGCGGGUCAUCAAUGGGGGGAAGGACCUGCGCAGCUUGGCCAGCCUCAACCUCAGUGGCUGUGUGCAUUGCCUAUCUGCAGACUCGUUGCUCCGUAAGGCAGAGGACGAUAUUGACAGCAGCAUCCUGGAGACGCUAGUGGAGUCCUGCUGUAACCUGCACCACCUCAACCUCUCAGCUGCCCACCACCAUAGCUCCGAUGGCCUGGGCCGACACCUUUGCCAGCUCCUGGCCCGCCUCUGCCACCUGCGUUCCCUCUCCUUGCCCGUCUGCUCCGUGGCUGACUCAGCACCCAGGCCUGACCGUGCGCCUGCCCCGCCGGCAAUGCAUGCAGUGCCCCGUGGCUUUGGCAAGAAGGUGCGCAUUGGGGUGCAGACCUUUCCCAGUCCCUUCCUGGGCCAGUCGUCCACCCAGCCUGCCUCUGUGUUCUGGUCUCUGCUGAAGAAGCUCCCUUUCCUGGAGCAUCUGGAACUGAUAGGGUCCAAUUUCUCCUCAGCCAUGCCCCGCAACGAGCCUGCCAUCCGCAACUCCCUCCCGCCCUGCAGUCGGGCACAGAACGUCGGGGACUCAGAGGUGGCUGCCAUUGGCCAGCUGGCCUUCCUGCGACAGCUGACACUAGCGCAGCUGCCAGGCAUGCUGACAGGCUCUGGACUGGUGAGCAUUGGCUUACAAUGCCAGCAGCUUCAGUCUCUGUCGUUGGCCAACCUGGGCAUGAUGGGGAAGGUGGUAUACAUGCCUGCUCUUGCUGACAUGCUGAAGCACUGCAAGCGGCUGAAGGACCUGAGGCUGGAGCAGCCCUAUUUCAAUGCCAACGCACAGUUCUUCCAGGCACUGGGCCAGUGUUUGUCUCUGGAGCGCCUGUGCCUGGUGUCUCGAAGUGGUACCGUGCAGCCGGAUGCCGUGCUGGCCUUUAUGGCCCGUUGCCUGCGUGUUGUCGUGUGUCACAUGUUCACUGGAGAAUCCCUCACCACCUGUAAGAGCCUGCAGCAGUCACUCCUCCGGAGUUUCCAGGCUGAGAGGCCCGCAUUGAACGUCGUCAUCUUCCCCCUGCUCCACGAGGGCCUGACAGAUGUCAUCCGAGAUGUCCCCAUGGUGCACCUGGACGAGAUCACCUUAUUUAAAAGCAGAGUGGCUGAGGAGCCACCGAACUUGUGGUGGUGAGAGGGCUGCCUGGCCCCAGCCCCGCCACUCCUGCAGCAGAGCCUCUUCCUGUCUGAGUCUCCACAAGGGUCCAAGAAACCAGGAGAGUGGGUCCUUGCUUUGUGACAGGAAGAAAGAGUUUGUGGUUGUUCCGAGACAUUCACGCCAGUCCUCCAGGUUCCCUCUCCCUCUCAGGGGUGUGCUUGGGCAUGGUGACUAGUGACCAGGUGACCAUGACUGAGAGCAGUGGACGAGCCAUCCUGGCCUUCAGGGCCUGGCCACACUCCCAGGGACUCUGUGGACUGCAGACCCCAGUCUCCCCUACUUACUUCAGUCUGGGGACUGUCCCUUUGUCCAUGGUCAUCUACAGUUGAGCUCAGUCAUGUGACUGUGUCCACAUGGGGUCAGUGUAGGCCGGGCUCUCACUGUGACCUCCCCACGAUGACAUCUGUGAGCCUUUGGCUCCUUUCCUAUUGACACAUUAGGGCGUGGUCUAAUGUGUGUGUGAGGCCCUGGGUUCCAUCCCCACCCCAAAAAGAAAAUGUUUUAACCCA